AUGGCAGAGAUCAAGAGAUAUGAAGGGACUGUUAAGUGGUUCAGUGGACAAAAGGGUUUUGGGUUCAUUGCUCCAACCGAUGAUGAUGACGACGACGGUGGUGGUGAAGAUCUCUUUGUUCACCAGUCUGAGAUCAAGGCGGAGGGAUUUCGGUUUCUUAGAGAUGGACAAAGGGUGGAAUUCUCCGUGGAUACGGGUGAAGAUGGUCGGAAGAAGGCGGUGGAUGUCGUGGGUAUUGGUAGAAGUACUAGAACCUACCAAUCGGGGCCCAGACGUGGAGUUCGUGGAAGAAGAGGUGGUUAUGGUGGCGGCUAUAACCGAGGAAGAUUUGUGGGUGGACGAGAUGGUGUGAGAGGCGGGAGGGGUGGACGUGGUGAUGGUGGUGGUGUGCUGGAGUGUUACAAUUGUGGACGUGUUGGUCAUUUUGCAAGGGACUGUUACAGGGGCAGCAAUCGUGUUGGUGGCGAUCAAGGUUAUGACGAUGGUGGCGGUGGCGGCGGAGGUGGUGGCCGCAGCGGAGGCGGCCGUGGUGGAGCAUGUUAUCGGUGCAGGGAGGUGGGACAUUUUGCAAGAGAAUGCCCUAAUGACCAAAAUUGAUGACAUUGAUCGUAUACUUUUUCUCUUUUACCCCAGUUUGCCCUUUCUUGAUUGUAUCAAGGUUGAUCACCCGUAAAAUCAUCCAAUAUAUUCUUAAGUCGAAUUCCACAAUUUUAAGGGUUU